CUGAUCUCAGCAAGAGAUUGAGUCAAGAAGAACAUAGAGAAUGUGGUGGUGGUCUUCUUCAUCAAAAGGCCGUUCAAAUCUAGAGAGGUUUCUCUUCGGAGUCACUCCUAAGCCUCCUUCCUUCUCUCUUCCUCAGGGGAAGGAGGAGAUAGCUUAUUUCAGACUUUGUGAUCUCUGGGACUAUUAUGAUGAGCUGAGUGCGUUUGGUUUUGGAUCACAAGUUGAUUUAAGCAAUGGAGAAACCGUUAUGCAGUAUUACGUCCCAUAUCUAUCUGCCAUCCAAAUACACACUAACAAGACUGCUCUAAUGUCCAGGAGCCUGAAUGAGGUGAUUGAAUCUGAGAAUAGUGAGUGUUGGAGUGACAGUGAGAGUGAAAAGUUGCUGUCAAGAUCUAUGAGCAAUGAUUCAAGCAAAACAUGGGAUGCUGUCUCUGAAGAUUCGGUUUUUGAUCUGGAUGGUAGUCUAUUGCUGCGAGAAAAACUUGGUUACCUUGACUUUAAGUACAUUGAAAAAGAUCCUCCUUACAAGCGGGUUCCUUUAACCGACAAGAUAAACGAGUUGGCUGAGAAAUAUCCGGGACUGACGACCUUAAGGAGUGUGGAUAUGUCUCCUGCAAGUUGGAUGGCUGUUGCGUGGUACCCAAUAUAUCACAUCCCAAGCUGCAAAAAUGAGAUGGACUUGACGACAGGCUUCUUAACUUAUCAUACUUUGUCUUCAUCUUUUCAAGAUAAUGUGGUGGAAGGAGAUUCUAGCAACAACAAAGUCAAGGAAGAACCAGACUGUUGUGUUGUAAACAAGAGAAUCCCAUUGCCUCCUUUUGGUUUAGCUGCUUACAAAAUGCAAGGAGAUCUAUGGGGAAAGACAGGGUUCGACCAGGACCGGUUGUUUUACCUUCAGAGCUCUGCAGAUUCAUGGUUGAAACAGCUAAAUGUUGAUCACCAUGACUAUAACUUCUUCAUAAACUCCAACUUUUAAGAUCAGUCAAAGGGGUCCUCUUAACGUUUUACUCUUUCUUCCAAACACUAAAAAAAAACAUAACCCUGAAGUGUUCUUUAUUGUUUCAAGCUCCUUGUUUCUGUGUGUUUCUUUGUUGUUGUCUGGCUCGUUAUGUUGCUUUGGUUAGCAACAGCCACCGAAGAGUUUUUGUUUCCUCACAAGCCAUGGAAGUUACUAAGAAGAGAACAGAGUUUUCGUUGCGGUGAAAUGUGAAAUAAGCGGGUUUUUUUUCUUGCAUGAGUGCGAGACCAUGUAAAUGAAGUUGGCUACUCUUUUACUUCUCUUCUGUCUCUUUUUUUAUAUUAUAUAUUAAAUGGAUCUGUGAACUCUGGUUUGUACUUUUCUGUCUGAAUAUAUAAAAGUCUCUGCCUUUCUUGUAUGUCGG